ACUUUUCAUAUAUUUUACCAACCUGUGGGGAUCUCGGUCCACCUGUACCUGGACAAAGUCCAGAGAAGUUUGAAUUUAGGCGCAAAUGAAGGAACAAUGGAAAACGGUGUAGUCCUCUGUCUGCUGUUAAUGCUGGGAGUGUUUACGAAAGAUGUUCAUCCAACAUCUCCCAUUCAGACUCAUCAGACGGUGACGGCAGCUGAGGGAGAAGAGGCUCAUUUCAGCUGUUUGCUCACAGAAUCUAAAGACGUUCUACAGGUCACGUGGCAGAAGCUUCUCCCCGAGGGGGAGCAGAACGUCGCCACCUGCAACAAGUACUUUGGCCAGAGGGUGAACCCUGACUUCAGGGACAAGGUGGCCAUCGGGGGCGGGGGGCUGCAGAGCAGCUCUCUGGUGAUCAGGAGCGUGACGGGCGCGGACGCAGGCUGCUACCGCUGCCUGUUCAACGCCUACCCCGAGGGGGCGCUGUCUGCCAGGACCUGCCUGCAGCUGCGCGUCAGGGCUCUCCAGCUGCAGGUUCCACUCAGUGAGCGCCACAGACACGAGCUGCAUGAGCCCGGACCACGUGUGCAACAGUCCAACUCCACUGAUGAGACUGUUGUGUUCGAUCGUGGUGUCGUCUGGGCCGUUACAUUGUGUGUCCUGCUGAUGGCGUGUGUCUUUGCUGCAGUCAUCUUCCUCGUGUUCAGGCUGAAAAACAUCAGGAACUCUGAGAAGAGCAAGACACCAGUAAAGACAGACCAGACCCACAGCGAGGUCCUGACGCCUUUUAUGAAAAACGAUCACAUCACGCAACGAUCGUCUGUGAAGAAAACUCCAGGAGGAGGCAGCAAAUCAUCCAAACCAGUGAAGUGUUCACGAAAACUGUUUGACCCAAGUUGAUAUCGCAACAGAGUAAAUUUCAUCUGUCAACACGAAGGUGUUCAAUGUACGUCCAAACAAUGCUGCAGCUCCAGUAAAUAUACUGUUCACCACAAUGUAAAUAAAGUACCUCAUACCCACAUAAACCUUGUUUUGUAAUAUCUGUAUUGUGUUGAUUGUAGAUAUUUAUCUUUUAAUUCUUUUUAUUAAUAAAUAUUUUCAAUACUC